GUGUGGAUGGACCAACCAAUUUACAGUGUGUUUGUUUCCGCUCUUUGGGGUGCUUGGGACUCGUGUGCUUUACGAACUUGUAGUAAAAACGGUAUAAUUUCACUUCUUCGACGUGUUAGAAACAUUAGUUAGGCUUUUGGCGUAUACGAGCAUCGAUAAAUAUGCACCGAUAUUCGUCGGACAGUUAUGGGAAAGGAGUCAGCACCGGGACUACAAUAUUAGCGUUGAAGUUUUCCGGAGGAGUCAUUAUUGGCUCAGACUCGCGAGCUUCUAUGGGUGGGUCUUAUGUCUCUUCAAAGCUCAUCAACAAACUAGUACAAGUUCAUGACAGAAUAUUUUGCUGUAUGUCUGGAUCUCUUGCGGAUGCUCAGGCCAUCACUCGUGCAGCUAAAUUCCAGCUUGGCUUUCACAGUAUACAGAUGGCUGAACCUCCUCUGGUGAUGGCAGCAGCCUCUAUAAUGAGGGAGCUAUGCUACCAGCACAAAGAGGAGCUCUCAGCAGGCUUCAUCACUGCUGGCUGGGACCGAAAAAAAGGGCCACAGGUGUACUCUGUCUCUCUGGGGGGAAUGCUUGUGAGUCAGCCAUUCGCGAUUGGAGGGUCAGGAAGCACAUACAUCUACGGUUACGUGGAUGCAAAAUACAAACCAGGAAUGACCAGAGAGGAGUGUCAAACCUUUGCUGUCAAUGCACUGGCUCUGGCUAUGGGAAGAGAUAAUGUAAGCGGAGGUGUCGCCCACUUGGCAAUAAUUUCUGAAAAGGGUGUCGAGCAUGUGGUCGUCCCAGGAGACAAGUUGCCGAAAUUCCAUGAUAAAUAGAAUGCAUAUGCUAUCAAUAGGAUUUAUGACCGAUAACGCUAAUGUUAAAGUUUAUGCAAUUAAAAUGUCUCAUUUUAAACAGUCUUUUGUUUCUUUUUAGAAUUAUUAGGCUAUGUGUUAUCUGUAGAUGCUCUGUACAUUAUUUAAAAAAUGUGUAAACUAACCCUACCAAUAACUGAGUAAUAAUGAUGAUUGUUUGACAUGGUUGAUAUCCUUUUAUCCAACUGGUAAAGCAUAGACGAAAAAUUCUAAGAGAAUGUUUAGACAAUACUUUAUUGCACUAUGAGAUGCUUUGGAUAAAUGUAUAUGCCAAAAGAAUGUAUUUAAGAUCAAAGCCUAUACAGUCAAACCAAAAAUAAUUUAAGACACUUUCAACAUUUUUCUCACACUGUCACAGUUUAUUCGCUAUAGUUUAGAAAAUAAAAUAUGACAAGAACUUAA